CCCUGCAGUUCCAUCAGUAUCAUCGGUCGUCCGAAUCCGCCCUGAUGUCACAGUGACAACACUGACAAGAUGGCGGAGGGCACUCGAGCAAAGUGAGGAGGACAACACAAUAUAAAUUAUACAGCCUAAAAAAACCAUUUAUAUCAUUUUCCACCCACUGCGGCUGGUGGGUGAGAGCACGGAUGGUGCGUUGGACGGGCGUGAGGCGACUGUAGAACCAAUGCACCCCCGCUUGUUUGCGCUUGGGGAGAUUUAUCGGCGGAAGACGGACAUUGUCAACUCAAGUCAAGCAAAAGCUUGCGUGCAGUUUGGAAAAAGAUUUGAAAUGUCGAAGAACGGCGCGUCUCCGUCGUAUAGGUUCAACAGUAAUCUUUAGGUGUUUAAGAUUAUGUGCGUUUCUUUUCUGUAAUUGAGUUUUUUCUUUGCACUCGUGGGAAAGCUAGGUAACUAGCCGAACCAUUUGGUCUCGAUCCAAAAGGUAAAGACCCUCAGAACACGGUGUUCUAACGAAACGUUUUUGCCCGAGGUGCUCAAGUCUGAAAGCUGACCGUGAUUUAUAAGUCACCGUCUUUGCUGGUUUACUGGAGACACUGUUCUCUCGCCGAAUUCAAGAAGUCUUUUUAGUAUCAUUACAGUUUUAAGGACCCAUCUUUUGAAAGUCGAAUCCGCUAUUUGUGAUAUUUCUGGUUUAGCCAACUUGCUUGACGCCAUGGCUCACUCCCCUGUCCAGAGUGGCCUUCCAGGGAUGCAGAAUUUGAAGGCCGACCCUGAGGAGCUGUUUACCAAGCUGCAGAAGAUCGGGAAGGGCUCCUUCGGGGAGGUUUUUAAAGGCAUCGACAAUCGGACUCAGAAAGUCGUGGCCAUUAAGAUAAUCGACCUGGAGGAGGCGGAGGACGAGAUCGAGGACAUCCAGCAGGAGAUCACCGUGCUGAGCCAGUGCGACAGCCCCUUCGUCACCAAGUACUACGGAUCCUACCUGAAGGGCACAAAACUGUGGAUUAUUAUGGAAUAUUUAGGGGGCGGAUCGGCGCUGGAUUUGCUGGAGCCGGGGGCGCUGGACGAAGUGCAGAUCGCCACCAUCCUGAGGGAGAUCCUGAAGGGGCUGGACUACCUGCACUCGGAGAAGAAGAUCCACAGGGACAUCAAAGCCGCCAACGUGCUGCUGUCGGAGCAGGGCGACGUGAAGCUGGCGGACUUCGGCGUGGCGGGCCAGCUGACGGACACGCAGAUCAAGAGGAACACCUUCGUGGGCACGCCCUUCUGGAUGGCCCCGGAGGUGAUAAAGCAGUCGGCGUACGACUCGAAGGCAGACAUUUGGUCCUUAGGGAUCACCGCCAUCGAGCUGGCCAAAGGGGAACCCCCGCACUCGGACCUGCACCCCAUGAAGGUCCUGUUCCUCAUCCCCAAAAACACGCCCCCCACGCUGGAGGGCAACUACUGCAAACCCCUGAAGGAGUUUGUGGAGGCCUGCUUGAACAAAGAGCCCAGCUUCAGGCCGACCGCCAAAGAGCUGCUGAAGCACAAGCUCAUCAUCCGCCACGCCAAGAAGACGUCGUACCUGAGCGAGCUCGUCGACAAGUACAAGCGGUGGAAGGCCGAGCGGUCUCGGGACGAGUCCAGCUCGGACGAGUCCGAUUCGGAGCCGGACGGGCAGGCGGCGGGCGGCGGCAACUCGGGGAACGACGACUGGAUCUUCAACACAAUCAGGGAGAAGGACCCCAGAAAGCUGCCCAACGGGACCGCCCAAACUGACGAGGUGCAAAGUAACAGGGUACAAGACAUUCCAAAGAGGCCUAUGUCACAGAGCUGGUCCACAAUUAUUUCUCCGUUGUUUGCUGAGCUGAAGGAGAAGACGGCGGCAGAUAGCGGUAAACCCGUGGCGCUGGAGGAGCUGAGGAACGCCAUUUUCCUGGCGGAGGAGGCGUGUCCUGGGAUCUCAGAUUCCAUGGUGUCUCAGCUGGUGCAGAGACUGCAGAGGUUCUCUCUGGCUGGGGCAUCUUCCUCCCCACAGUGAGAGCUGCUGCCCCCCCUCCCCCCAGGAGGGCACUCAUCCGGCAGCCUCCAGCCGCGUAAAGCAGACUCCUCCACCCUCUCUCUUCUUCUUUUCAGUUCAUUUGUCAUAGUGCACAUAUUCAAAUGGGGCAGCCGGGUGCCCAGGGGGAGGGGGGUGGGGUCAGGUUCAGGGUGCUGUGGGGGCGGGGCCAAGGCCCGGUACCUCUCACCCUAACUCAACUGCACUUGUGUCAAGUGUACAAAAUCUUAUCUGGUCUAUUUUUCCUGCGGGGGGGGGGGGGGGGCAGUCUGUAGAAGCAUCUGCAAUAUCCAGAAAACGUGCAAGACGCACGUGCAUGUGUGCGCGGAGGUGCGUCCGUGUGUGUGCGCGCGUGUGUACGUGUGGGUGUUUGCGUGCGUGCGAGUGUGUGUGCUCUUACAAGUGCAUUUCCCACAGAUUGCGGAAGGGUUUGUUUGAGAUUCGAGCGCGGUGCUGAGGGGAUUGCAGACUCUUUCGAAACCUCAGGUGUCCUGCUGUAAGGGGUGUGAGUUCUGUGCUAAUGAAGAACGGUGUGUGGGGCGGCUGUACAUUUGUAUAUAUAAGGUCAUUUUUUUACACAUAUUGAGAAAUAAAACAGUUUGCAUUAAAGGAAUCACUGUGUACAAACGGCCAAGUGCUUCUGUAGAUAUCGUUAGUUAAGAGUCUUACAAAUGGCCAUAACUGAGAAUUGCCUUGCCUUGGAAACAUGUACCUUUUUAUCUUCUUUUUAUUUUUGCUGAUUUGGGGGGAAAAAAAAAAACCUUUUCAAGGUUUACCAUUCAAGGAAUACUGAUACCUUAUUUCCAAAUGUUUGUUUGUCCAGUGGGUACCUCAGGUCUGUGCCACUAAAACAGACCUUGUUCCUUCACAAUCAAUGUCGCCAGAUAAAAUACUUGCUGCUCCAAGACUUCCAGCCAUCUGUAAUCAUUCAGUAGGAAUCGUACUUGACCGUUCAGAGCUAAUGGGAAAGAAGAUGUAUAUUUCCUUGUCUUUUAAUACUCCUAAAAGAAUACACUGUACCCCCCUCCCCUGCACCUUAAAAAAAUAAAAAGGAAGUAAUAUAUUUAUAUUUUACCGUGCUGCUGACCAGCGGUUGGCUGUUGUGUUUGUGCCACCUGACCCCCCCCCCCCCCCAACUUGUGGCAGUGAGGGGGGAGGGGGGCAGUGACAUCACAACUAACUCUCGCCAAGCCCACCUCACACCAAAAAAAGAAAAAAACAUUUUGUUCUAUAUGUAGCAAGUAGGCGUAAGAACUUAGCAUUGGACAAAGGUCUUAUUUAGGCAGAGGCCUUUUAACAGCACAAUCAGAAGGUUUUAAACAAGUAUUCACUUCCUGGACCUUCUCACAGGAAAGCAAAUUGUCUGGUGCGAUUACAGCUUUCAUCUGACUGUAGCAGCAGGAAGACGGAGGAAACGGCCUGUAGGGCCCCCCUCCCUGCUGCGCAGUUCGAGCUGCACAGUUUGAACUGCGCGUUUGUGCGUAAAGUCUGACUGCAGUGGGCUGGCCCCAGUGCAUGCACUGCUCCCUUCUGUGGCCUCAGCCUUCAGCUGCAUCCUUCUGUCACUCUUAAUUGGCUUACGCCCUGUAGCUAUGGUGAUAAACUUGUACGCGGCAAUAAUAUAUAAAAUUCAAAUUUGGCAUGCUGGAAAAACUUGCUGUCUACCUGUCACUGCGUGAGAAGUGUUUAUAUGUUUUACUAAAUAUAUGAAAUGUGUUUAGAAGGAAGGUUUACCCAGGCAUUUUAUGUUUUAAAGUGGACUGGAGUGACUGUGUCUCAUUGAGUCCACAGACCUCUCAAUGCACUGUCCUUUUUCUGUGUGUGAGGGUGGCAUUCAAGUUGAAGUUUUAAUGGGUGCCAGAUAGUUUUCGUUCAUGUGACUUGUCUGACCAGUACAUUGGCUUCAGAUUACUUCGACUUGAUCGACCUUAUCCAAUGUUUCAUUCUCUUAACUUAUAAAUUUAGCAGUAUCGAUUAGUCGGUCUCUGACCACUAGUAAAUAAUUGUAUAGAUAUCAUCUGUGCAUAGCUUCUCUAGCAAACCCGCAGCAUGCCACACUUUUAUGAUCAAAUAGGCAAGUUUUUACAAGUUUUACUCACUAAUCCAACCCCCCCCCCCCCCCCCCCCCCAAACACACACAAAACAAGACACCACACAGAAACGCACAAAAUCGUUUUUAACAAAUGUGAAGAAUGCACAUUAAGCUCUGGCCCCUCCCCCAAAGCAUUCAGCAAAGGCGUUAAUCUACCUAUGCACAACACCUCAGCCUUUACCCAUAAUCCUCAUCUUCUCCAACAAUCCUCUUCUUCCACAUGAAAAAGGUGCCAUGCCUUCCUUAGUCCCCUCAGUCAGUGUGUCAUUUUGCACCUUGUGGAGACUGGCUGGUUUGAUUCAACCUGUUGCACUUUGUGAAAAUUUAUUUAAAGAGAAAAAAGAAAACUGGUACUUGAGGUUCCCAUUUCAUGUCAUUUCUUAAAGAUUGCUCAACUUAUUUCAACUAUGGCAAUAAUCUGAGCACAUCAGGAUGCUAUCUACAGCACAGCUAUAUUGUAUGGAAUGAAUCAAUGAAGAUACAAAUCCAGUAUUUUUGUAACUGUAAAGAGCAAGUAUUGUAGUACAGAAUAAAUAAUAAGAAGGUCCUCUGUGACAUUUAUUAAUGAAGAUGGGAUACUUAUCAAAGAUGAUUAAAAAAUGUGUAAAUUUCCUUUUCUGUAACAUGGCUCACAGUUUAUAGUCUUGUAUAUAAUCCUUGCUUAUGUAAUUAAAGAAGAGGUAUUGAACUCCUUGUAAGCUUUCAGAUGAUUUAAGGAAAAUAAAAAUCUAAUGCAAAUUGAAAAA